CAGGUUGAGCCACGGAGCCGGACGCGGCUUUCUAGUUGGCCGUGUUGUUAUAGCUACGGUGGUUGUCAAUCAUUCCUCUAUUCCCGCCCCGCUCCGUCAACCUUAGCGUUCCAUUGGACGGAAUUCCUGUCACUCUUCCUCCUAAAACGCAGGACUCAAACAGUCGCCCGAUAAAUUCGUGUGAAACGCCCUAUGUGAAUUCUCGCCACAUUAUUCGUUGAAUUCACCUGUCAAUAUCCGUGACUGGAGAAUAUAAUUGGUCCAGGGUGAUCGCUGUGCUGUUUGCCCGCCUCGAUGGCCAUGUCCCUCUUCUAUUGGUCAGUGCUCUUGUCGCUCUGGCCUCUGAAACAGACGAUUGGCAGGAACUCUAGGGCUGUCCCACCCCCCAGGAAGGGGCGCGCUCCGGGCCGCUUGGCGCCGGCGCAGUGCAGGUGUUGGCUGCGGCGGUGGCGCGCGGGUGUUGCUGCUGACGAGAGCGGCGGGGCCGCGCUGCGGAUGGAGCCGCUGCAGAAUGGCGGUGGUAGCCCCGAGGCGGCGGCGGCGAGCGGCCCGGAGGAGAAGCGGAGGCGGGAGCCCGGCCCUUCCUGGCGGCGGCGGCGCAGCAGCGGGGCCGGCGCGGACGCUGACAGCGGGGCAGGGCCCCACCCCCGCGAGCGGGGCGGUUCCGUGUCCCGCCAGCGCCUCGACUCCCUCCGCAAGAGCCGCCCGCUCUUUCCGUGGUUUGGCUUGGAUAUUGGAGGAACUUUGGUCAAGCUUGUUUAUUUUGAACCAAAAGACAUCACUGCUGAGGAGGAGGAGGAGGAAGUGGAAAAUCUUAAAAGUAUCCGAAAAUACCUGACCUCAAAUGUAGCCUAUGGAUCUACAGGCAUUCGGGAUGUACACCUGGAACUAAAGGACCUUACCCUGUGUGGACGUAAAGGCAAUCUGCACUUUAUACGCUUUCCUACUCAUGACAUGCCUGCUUUUAUUCAAAUGGGCAGCGAAAAACACUUCUCAAGUCUCCACACUACCUUAUGUGCCACGGGAGGUGGAGCGUACAAAUUUGAGCAGGACUUUCGUACAGUGGGUGACCUUCAACUUUGCAAACUAGAUGAACUUGACUGCCUUGUUAAAGGAGUUUUAUACAUUGACUCAGUUGGAUUCAAUGGCGAUUCAGAGUGCUACUACUUUGAAAACCCAACUGAUUCUGAAAAAUGUCAGAAGCUCCCAUUCAACUUGGAGAACCCAUAUCCUCUCCUCUUGGUGAACAUUGGCUCAGGGGUCAGCAUCUUGGCUGUGUAUUCUAAAGACAAUUAUAAGCGGGUAACUGGGACCAGUCUUGGAGGAGGAACAUUUUUUGGUCUCUGCUGUCUUCUUACUGGCUGCUCCACCUUUGAAGAGGCUCUUGAAAUGGCAUCCCUUGGAGACAGCACAAAAGUGGAUAAACUGGUGCGGGACAUCUAUGGAGGGGAUUAUGAGAGAUUUGGACUGCCAGGAUGGGCAGUAGCAUCCAGCUUUGGGAAUAUGAUGAGCAAGGAGAAGAGAGAGAGUGUCAGUAAAGAGGACCUGGCAAGAGCAACUUUAAUAACCAUCACCAAUAACAUUGGCUCCAUAGCACGGAUGUGUGCACUUAAUGAGAACAUUAAUCGGGUGGUUUUUGUUGGCAAUUUCUUGCGGAUCAAUACAAUCUCAAUGAGGCUUCUGGCAUAUGCUUUGGAUUAUUGGUCCAAGGGGCAGUUGAAAGCACUUUUCUUGGAACAUGAGGGUUAUUUUGGAGCAGUUGGUGCUUUUCUGGAGCUUUUGAAUUCAGCCUGAGUCAUUACAGGUCCUGCACAUUGGACAUAAGUUGCAGGAGCUUUUACUCUGUUGGAACGCCCACUUUUAUUUAGCUUUUUUUUAAAGCAUCUGUUAAGUGACUAUUACAGUAAUUGUACAUGACCUAAUCAUUGCGGAAAAGGAAAGGACAAAUGAAUUUUUUGUAAACAGCUAAAAUUAAUCCUGAAUCUUUAAUGUAGAUUAGUUAAGAAGAAGAAAUAUAUAUAUAUAUAUAUAUAUAUUCUGAGCAGCAGUUUUUAUUAUAGUCUGCUACAUGUGUUGAGAUAGUGUGGGAAAGUGUGAGAUGGGGAUAGUUUAAUGUGAGACUUACACUAUCCUGUUCUCAAAAGCCUUCUUUUUAAAAUGACAAGUGUCUACAUUGUUAACUAUUUUAUAUUUCACUUGCAAUGUUUGUAUAUAUGAGAUUGAAGGACUUUAAGUAUUUGUGGUGGUAUUGAAUAGUGUAUUGUUUAUAUAUGAAAAUUAUCAACACAGAAUCCAGAAAGAUAAAAACUAA